GCCGGUCCAUGACGAACCUCGGGUUGUACCAAUGCGCUAGGCAAUAUUUUUUUCGGUUAUCGGUAGAGAUGCGGCCGUUUGAGGGGAACUGGGCGGAGAAGCUGGCCGAGAUACUAAACUGCCUUAGCAUAGACAAUAUCUUUGUCCCUUGCGUUGUGCAUUGGGGGAUAGUCUACAAGAAUGUGGCAAUAGGGGAGACGUUUCUAGAUGGGGUAAGAGAAUUGGUGUACGACGAGGAGGACGACCUCAAACUAGGCAAAAUGGCAACGGAGGAGGAGACAGAUAACCGUAAGAGUGAAGGAGAACCAGACUUAGAAGGCAGUGCCGCGCAAAGCGAAGGGGGGCAGAAGGACAAAGAAUCAAUAAAUCUGGAUGGUACCAAAGGGAACCGGAAGGAAAUCUCCACAGGGGAAAGCUCGGGGAAAGCCGGGGGAAGCAGGCAAGGGACCCAGAGGACCAAGGAAGGCAGAAAUAAGGAUAGGACAAGCCCCCAAAACUCGGAAGGAGCCAUGCCUAAGAAAGCAAGGGUCACAGAUACGAGACGCAUACUAGCCGAGAUAGACAAGAGGAUCGCGGAAUACAAGGCAAGAUUGAUUGAGGAAAUGAUGACUGGGAACGAGGAAGGUCCUCUGCAGGAGGAACCCCGGGACGACCGGAAAGCCUGCCAAGGUGAGACUGGACAAGGGGAUAAAGGUAAUGACCGUGGGGGAACGUCGAGCAAGAGAAGGAAAGAGAGAGAGAACUCUUCGGGGAUGGAAGCAGAAAAGGCUACGACUCCGCCGGCCAUGGAUAGUAGGGCUAGCCGCCUGCCGAUCACGUCGGCAGUAGCACGAGGAUGCGAAGGACUUUGGAGCCUUAGGGAAAGAGCGUUGGGAUGGUUUGACCUGGAAGGAACUAUGAAAAUCAGGGAGGGACAGAAGGCCGGCAAGGAAAGUCCGGAUAAUAGUAUGGCAGGCGAGGCCAGCAGCUCUGAGGCCGGCCUUAAAAACAUAGUGUCAGCCCUCGCACGAGCACUAAACAAAAAUCAAGGCUAUCUGGCGGACGCCAAGAAAAAGCUGACUUUCAACGGAGCAAACAUCACGGAGUUUCUGAUCGACUACGAGAACCUAGUUGUGUUACUAAAGUGGACCGAUGAGGAAAAGAUGGACCACCUAGGACAGCAUGUGUCGUUAAGCCUAGGACGGGACAUAAUGGCCAUUGUAGCCACAAGCCGGUCUUGGAAGGAGACCCGGGAUGUGAUGAUGAGGAAGUACCUAGCAGCAGAAAAAAUGGCAACGAAGGCCGACCUAGCGGCAGUUCAGAGGAAGAACUUUGCAACGUACAAUGAUUUCCUACGAGAAUUUACUCUAGUAGCACUAAGGAUCCCCGGGGUCACGGACCGGAUAAUGAGCAAAUAUUUCCUCAGGCAGUUCUCCGAGUUCGACAAAGACAAGAUCCUGUCAUCUUACCAACAGACGAGCAAGUUCGUAAACACGCGGGAUGUUAAUUUUAGCACGGCUAGCCCUAGGUUGCUCAAAGGGGUCAGACAACUGUUCACUCGGAGGCGAGUAGAAAUAGGCGACAACCCCGAAUUACCAGAAGGGGAGAGGGAGGAGGAAGCUCCGCAAAAAGUGGCUAACCUUCAGAGGAGUCACGGGGACUUGGAGGAUCUCGAAAAGGCCUUUGCAGACAUUCGUUUGAGCUUGCCCGACCGAGAGGGUGGCGAAGUCAUGAGAUCACCGCCCGGGACGAAACUUAGUUUUCAUGCGCUGCCCGUAGGGAAACUGAAAAUCCAGAUCGGGAGUCGUCAUACCAACGCAUUAGUAGACGGGGGAGCAGAAAUCACUCUCAUAAGAAGAGAUUUCGCAACGAUCACAGGACGUAUAGUAAACAAGGAAGUAACAGGGAGCAUCCGGGGAGCUGGCGGGAAAAUCCCGUUCGUUGGGUACGUCACGAAGUGUGCUGUAAAGGCAGGGGUCAGGGAAUCGAUCUGGUCGUUUAAGAGGAUGACCGUAAUGGAGGAGAUGGACCACGACAUAAUCCUCGGGAGACUGUGGUGCGCGAACGUGGAGAUGAUAGGCAUGCACUUGCACGAUGGCUCAUACAUGGUAGACAUAGAGGACCCUGUGACCGGCCGGGGAGAGCUCCUCCGACUCCUUGGAACGGGAGGAGACCUCCCGAAGGGGAAAUUGGCAACAUGGUCGCCGUCGUUCGAGGAUAGCACGCGAAAAGGGGCUUUCGCACGGAUGAAGGGUAUGAGAGAAAUGAUAGAAAUCAUGAUUGAGGAAGCAUUCAACAAGAAGGAGUGGAUCAAGAUGGGCCUUCCCCAGAAAAAAAGGAGGCAGGAGGACGAUGUCCUAGGUGUUAUGGUAGCGGAAAAGGAGUCAGAGAUCGAACUUGGUGCUAGCCUGCCCAAACGGAAAGAAGUGCGCAUAGAUGUGUCAGAAAUCGCACUCGAGAUCCCCGAUCUGUUACAACUCAUCAAGGCCCUCAGUUACCACAAAGAAGGAGUGAAUUCGGCAGCCUUGGCCAAGUUCGAAAGAGAGGUGCAAAAGGGAUAUUGCCUGAAUGAGAAACUAGUUAGUAUUCAACCACGAGUUGUAGAGGCGACGGGGGCGAUUCCGACUGUUCAUUUUUUAGGAGAAAGAUCCCGGAAGGAAAUGUUCGAAAGUACAAAUGCAAGUGAGGUGGCCGAAGUGCAACGCAGGAUGCUCGCCGUGGCCGGGGACAUGUUCCCAGAAAAGUGUGAGCCUUACAUCGAUGACAAUCCGAUCAAAGGCACGCAGGAGAAGGACGAGACGGAAGUCCAGUCAGAGAUCCGAUGUUUUGUGUGGGACCACCUGAAAGACAUCAAGGAUUUACUCCGCCGGUUUCUAGUAUACAACAUUACGGCUAGUGGACCAAAGAGUAUCCUAGCAGUACCGGAGGUAACUAUACUAGGAUUUCGUUGCAGUGCUUACAGCAGGAAGCCGGAUCCAGCAAAGACCGACAAGAUAUCACAGUGGCCGACACCACUGCGCACGACAAUGGAGGUAAGGGCAUUGCUAGGCGUAGUGGGCUUUUGGAGGAUCUUCAUUAAGAACUUUGCCAAGAUUGCUGAGCCUAUUCGGGUUAUGAUGAGGGAAGAAGGAACCACGGAUUGGACGGAAGAGCGAGAAGGAGUUGUCCAAAGGCUCAAGGACAUAUUGACAUCUGAGACAGUCGCCCUGUCCGCACCUUGCUUUAAUGACGAAGUGGGACGACCCUUCAUCCUAGAGACGGAUGAAAGACCUUUGACCGUGGGAGGUGUGUUGAUUCAAAGGGAUGAGAGAGGAAAAGAGAGGCCGAGGAGGUUCGAAAGUAGAACCCUGAACUUCGCAGAACGACGGUACUCACAGUUCAAGGAGGAGGUCCUAACCAUCUUGCACUGUCUUAGGACUUUUCAGGCCUACCUAUUUGGGAGGCGGUUCAUCCUCAGGAUCGAUCCGACGAAUGUCGCAGGGGCUCUAAAGAAUUACAGACCUAUAGAUCCGACGGUAGGGAGAUGGGUAGGAUUCAUCUGGCAGUUCGAUUACAAAAUCGAACGGAUUGCUGGAAUCCGCAACAAGGCAGAUGGGCUGAGUCGGGUUUGCAUCACUCCCGAAGGCAUGGAGGAUGCAGAGAUCAUAGACGCAUUCCUCGAAUACGAAGGAGGGACUCUCGCGGUGGAUAACGAAAUGAUAAACGGGGGAUGCACAUCGGGAGAACUAUUGAUCCAGACUUUGGAGAAGGUGGCACCUGCCGUAGUAGCAGAACUUAGAGAAGGACCACUUACCACUCGAGGGCGCAGAGAAGAAAAUGACUCAUGGGGAGCGAUAGUAGGACCGAAAGAGGAACUAAUAGCAAUGGCGGUCGAGGGAAAGGAAAGAGUUGCAAUGGGUGGAAACCAAAUGUAGGGAAGAAAGGAUGGGGGCAAGGAAGGAGAGGAGUUUUUCUAUGUUCAAUCAUACGAAGGGCUCUUUCGGGAGAUCGGGCUGUUAUUGGUAGGAAACAAACAACCUACGAAAGU